AUGCGAGCUCUCCGGACACCUGGGCUGUUCCAGCUCAAGGGCUUGAAGAUGCUCCUGUCACUGGGGCUGCUCUUUGCUGCCCUGUCCUUGGGAAGAUGCAUCCCCCUGCAGCAGGCGCCCAACCGCAGCAAGCUCCUCCUGGUGUCCUUCGACGGCUUUCGCUGGAACUACGACCAGGACGUGGACACCCCCAACCUGGACACCAUGGCUGCGGACGGGGUGAAGGCCAAGUACAUGACUCCUGCCUUCAUCACCCUCACCAGCCCCUGCCACUUCACGCUGCUGACCGGGCGGUACCUGGAGAACCACGGGGUGAUCCAUAACAUGUGGUUCAACACCAAAACAGGAGUGAAACUGCCCUACUACACCACACAAGGCAUAAGCAGCUGGUGGGACAACGGCAGCCUCCCCAUCUGGAUCACUGCCCAGAGACAGGGUUUGAAGACAGGCUCUAUCCACUUCCCUGGAACCAAAGCGAAAUACCAAGGGCAAGAAGUGUACAAGAAGUUGGUGGAACCCGCAUUGUUCAACUACAGCAACGAAACCAACUGGAGGCAGAGCAUCGACACCGUCAUGGAAUGGUUCACAGUGGACAACCUCGACUUCAUCACGCUCUACUUUGGGGAGCCAGACUCCUCGGGACACAAGUUCGGCCCCGAAUCCACACAGAGGAAAAACAUGAUCAAGCAGGUGGACAGAACCGUCGGCUACUUGAGGCAGCGUAUCCGGGAAAGCGGCCUGGAGUCAACCCUCAACCUCAUCAUCACAUCCGACCACGGCAUGGAGACCGUCCUGAAAACCGACGAGAUUCACCUCCGCACCGUCAGCAACUUCACCUUCAAAGACAUCGACUUCGAACUCCUAGAUUAUGGACCAAAUGGACUCCUGGUGCCAAAGGAAGGGAGACUAGAGCACGUGUACUCAGUCCUGAAAAACGCCCACCCAAAGCUGCACGUUUACAAGAAGGAAGAGUUUCCAAAGAGGUUCCACUACGCCAACCAUUCCCGGAUCACCCCGCUUUUGCUGUACAGCGAUCCAGGCUACGUGAUCCAUGGGAGGUACAAGGUCCAGUUCAACAAAGGGGAACACGGUUUUGACAACGAGGCCAUGAACAUGAAAACCAUCUUCCGUGCCGUGGGACCGGCCUUCAAGAAGGGGCUGGAGGUGGAGCCCUUCGAAAGCGUCAAUGUCUACGCGCUCCUCUGCGAGCUGCUGGGCAUCACCCCCGAGCCCCACGAUGGCUCCCUGGAGGUCACCAAGCCCAUGCUGAGAGAAGACACGGACGAUGGCAAUGGCAAUGGCAAUGGCAAUGGCAAUGGCAAUGGCAAUGGUGGCGAUGGCAAUGGCGAUGGUGGCAAUGGCAAUGACAAUGGCAAUGGCAAUGGUAAUGGUGGCGAUGGCAACGGCAAUGGUAAUGGCAAUGGUGGCGAUGGCAAUGGCAAUGGUGGCAAUGGCAAUGGCAAUGGCGGCAAUGGCAAUGGCAAUGGUAAUGGUGGCAAUGGCAAUGAUGGCAAUGGCAAUGAGAAUGGCAACGGCAAUGGCAGCAAUGUGUCCCGGUGUCCCGUGCAGUACCGGCAGCCGGCGGCCGAGGGCUCCCGAGCCGCGCUCAGCUCCCCCGAGCUCCCGGCACGGGCGGGGGAAGCGGCUCGCGGUGGAAGCCCGGCCCGGAGCAUCUCCCCAAAGCCGCGGCGCCGCAGCCGCCAGCCCCCCGCCCAGCGCCGGCCGCUGCCCCGGGGCCUUCCGGAGCCCCGGCGGCUGCCCCGGCCAGGGAUCCGCUCCUCGUCCCGAGAGACAAAGCCUGGGAACACCCUCCCAGCACCCUCUGCAGCUCCGGCUGCACCGCCCGCGCAGGGAUGCUCCAAGGGAUGCCCUGGAGAUCACGACACGCACCGGAAUGUCACCAUCCCCUCCCGGCCCUGA